AUGUCACUACAUAGCAAAGUCCGCGCUCGUGGCAUCUCCAGCCCAUGCACAGAAACGUCAGCCACAGAUCGAGACUCGCCUGACCCCCGCCUGCAUCGCCCGAGUUUCAACGCCAACAACACCCAGGACCGGUUACGCGAGGGCGCCAGGCGUCCACACCGCAGCACGAUGCCGACCAACAUCAGGCGGGACCGCAAAUCCCUCUUUAAAGAGGUCGGCUUGCUGGACGACGACGAGCCUGAGGAUUUUGGGGGUGGCAGCGAGAGGACUGUGCCGAGCCCCUUGUCGAACAAGGAGUUUGGAACCAUCACUGGCAUAUCGCCCGCGUCGACAUUUGAUAACCACGACGACGGCGACGACCGAAAUACAGCUUCGGGACAACGGCAGGACGCCGCCCCCGCCCCUGCUGCUUCGGCAUAUACGAAGACGAGCAGGACGACACGAGGAGCUGGCGAGGGUGCACAGCAGGAGGACAGGGGGCCAGCCGGGGCACGGCAGCUGCAGCCGUCGUCGCAGGAGAACCAAAAGAUGCCGUGGUACAGCAGGCUGGCGCGGCAGGGGAGGCCGAGGAUAAGAGCAGCCGCCGCCAGUGCGACGCCCCCUCCCGUAGCCACGAGUCUCUCCAGAUUCACAAUGAUCGCCAUGCUCAUUGCUGUCGUUCUUCCUGCCUUUAGCUACAAUAGCGGCCGACGGACCGUCGACAUCGCGGGCGCCGAUGCCGGCGUCGUCAGGAGCCGGGGCGUAUUCGACGACAAGCAACAACACCAACAGCGCCCCUGGUCGCCCGACGUCGCUGGGGAGCUCAACUUGCUUGAGGCCAGGCAGAGCAGCCCCACGCAGGUCUGCGCGCGAUGGGCACACCACACCGCAUUGCUUAACGGGACCGUUUACAUAUACGGUGGCCAAAGCAAGAGCAAUCCUACGCAACAAAACGACAAAUGGAACAACAACUUCCUCACACUCGACCUCACAAAAUCCUGGGACGUAAAGUCCCCCGUCCUCAACGGGCUUCCCACACCAUCUGGUCCACCCAAGGUCUCCCUGGGCUACCUCUGGAACGACUACAACAACUUGUACUUGUACGGUGGACAGUUUGCCGACGACGCCCAGGGCGUGGAGGUCGGCCCGUCGACCGUCUGGAAGUACUCAGUCAAGAGCAGCACUUGGUCCGAGGACAAGGAGCCCGAGACGUCGGACGGCAAGUACUCGGAGCCGGGUGGGCAGAGGGUCCAGCGCUCCGCCGAGGGCGCAGGCCUCUCGGUCCCGGAGCUGGGCCUGAGUUGGUACUUUGGAGGCCACCUGGACACGUGGACGACGCCCGGCUGGUCCAACCAGAUCUGGCGCGUCUACCUCAAGUCGCUCCUCGAGUUCACCCACCCUGGCUACUCCAACCCCGCAGUCAAGUCGCUCGAAGACAAGGGCGCCGGCGAGUUUGGCGCCUAUCGCAACAUAACCGAGGGUGGUUUGCAAAAGGACAAUGCGUUCUACGAACGGGCCGACGGCGCACUCGUCUUCAUCCCUGGGUGGGGGAAGAAGGGCGUUCUGAUCGGCCUCGGCGGCGGCACCAACACCACCUUUUCUAACAACCUCGGCACCCUCGACGUCUAUGACAUUGAGAGCUCUGAGUGGUACCACCAGGAGACGUCUGGCAUCCCGCCUUCGGUCCGCGUCAACCUGUGCGCCGUGGUGGCGUCUGCGCCGGACGCGUCCAGCUUCCAGGUCUACGUCUUUGGCGGGCAGAACCUCGAACCUUAUAAAGACCAGGUCCAGUACGACGACAUGUACAUUCUCACCAUCCCGGCCUUCACCUGGGUCAAGGUUGACAAGCAAGGCAAGAACCAGCCGUCGGCGCGCGCCGGACACACGUGCAACAUGCGCGACGGGCAAAUCAUCACCAUCGGCGGCUUCCUGGGCGUCGACUCGGCCUGCGACUCGCCGGGCAUCUACGUCUUCGACGCCAGCAGGCUCGAGUGGAAGGACAAGUUUGACGCCGCCGACCACCGAGCCGACCUCAGCCCCGAAAACUCGGUCAUGGCGGGCAGCUACGGCUACAAGGUGCCCCAAAAGGUCGCCGACGUCAUCGGCGGCGGUCCGGAGGGCAGCGCCACCAUCACGGCCCCCGUAUCUCGCGCCACCGACGGUCCCUUCGCCACCGGCAAGUCCCCCGUCUUCACCAUCACUGCCGGGGGCACCGUCACGCAGACGGCAUGGGGUCCCGGCGCCACGGCCGAGGGCGGACCGGGAGGUGGUGGCGACGGUGGCACACAGCAGCAGGAGGAAAACAGGAAACCUCCCGCCGGGCUCAUCGCCGCGGCGGUGCUGGCGGGGCUCGCGGGCCUGCUGGCGGGAUACCUGGGCUUCUGCGCGUGGCUGUACCGGCGGCAGGUGCGCGCGUACCGGACGCACCUGGCGGUGGCGAACCGGUACUCUGGCGGCAACGCGACGGCAUCGCACGCCAGCCUGGGCGGCAUGGCGGCCGCCUUCUUUGGGAGGAAGCGCAGCAAGCUGGGCAGCAAGGACAGCAAGUGGAGCGGCGGCGGCGGCGGCUCGCAGAGGCAGCAGCGACGCUGGGGGAGCAGCAGGGUGCCGGCGGGCCAGCCGGGCAUAGGGGGCGAGUUCAUUGGCGGUGACGAUGAGAAGCCACUGCAUGGCAAGCACUUCUCAGUGGGACAGGAGAGCUUUGCGUGGGUCGGCAGGCCGAGCCAGGAUCCUGCGGGGCCGGUGCUGGGCCCCUGGCUGGGACCAGACGGGUCGACGCCCGGGUCCGGGACGACGGCGACGAAAAGUGGACGACCGUCUCCAUUUGCGUACGGUGGUAGUGGGAGCGGUAUCACUUUCGAGCCACCGAGUGGUGGCAGUGGUAGCGGGCCAUCGAGGCCUAGGACGAGUGGCAGUGCGUCGUCGACCGAAGGUUUGCUUGACGGGCAGGACAUGAGCUUCUUUUCUGUCGUGAUGGCACCGAGGAGGGCGUUGCGGGUCGUCAAUGGACUUGAGGAUGGGGAAAAGGAGCAGCAUGACAACGAUCGAUGA